AAUGACAGGUGCACGAGAAAGUCGAAGUCAAGAUUGCGUCAGAUCACGCGCCACUACACUCUUCAAUCAAGAGGUUGCAUUUCCUAACUUGGAGACAUUAAAUAUCACUAGCUUGGACAACAUCGAGAUGAUAUGGGACAAUCAAGUUGCUACAGAUUCUUUCCCCAAGCUAAAAUCGCUUUUUGUGGAUAAAUGCAAUAAGGUUGUGACCGUUGUUCCUUCUUCCAUUCUGGGACGGCUCUUGUGCCUAGAAAGUUUAAAGGCAAACACAUGUGGUUCAUUGGAAGUUGUUUUCGAAAUUCGGCCACUAAAUCCUAUAGAUGGACCUCAAGUUGCUCUUCCGUUAAAAAAGCUGAUGGUAUCAAGACUACCAAAGCUAAAGUGUGUAUGGAAAAAGGAACUCCACCAUCAAGUUAAAUUCCAAUGCCUACAUUCUAUUAGCAUUUCCGAAUGCAAGAGCCUCACCUCUCUAUUUCUAGCCUCAAUAGCCAAAGAUCUAGUCCAACUUGAGGAGUUAGAGAUCAAUGGAUGUGGCAUUGUGGAACUCAUUGAGAAGGAAGAAGGACUAGUUCCCAAGUUUGAUUUCCCAAAGUUAACCUCCCUCAAGCUUAAGCAUUUGACAGAGUUGAAGUGCAUCUACACCGAAACACAUGCUUUACAUUGGCCGACAUUGAAGACCUUGCAGGUCUAUCGCUGUAACAAAUUGGAGAUCUUUGCUUUGCAACCUGAGAAUGAGAUGCUAUUUCAUAAACGACCUCUCUUCCUUAUAGAAAAGGUUGGCUUUCAGAGAUUGGGGAUAUUAGAAAUCAGCGGCUUGGAUAAUCUCAAAUAUAUUCAUCCCUACAAUACAAAUGGUGAUAAUGACAGGUGUACGAGAAAGUCAAAGUCAGGAUUGCGUCAGAUCACGCUCCACUACACUGUUCAAUCAAGAGCCAGAGAUCUAAUCCAACUUGAGGAGUUGGAGAUCAAUCAAUGUGGCAUUGUGGAACUCAUCGAGAAGGAAGGACUAGAUGAGCUUAGCGUUAAUGUGGAAGCCAUAGAAGGCCCAAGUCAUGAGUUAAAAGUAGCAUCAUCCUUUCCAAGUUAUUUUCAGCAUAUGAAGACUCUAGAUGUGUCACAUUGUCAUGGGCUGUCAAAUAUGUUCACAUCGACAAUGGCUACAAAUUUGGUGGAACUCACAAAAUUGAGGAUUAGUAAAUGUAAAAUAUUGAUAGAAGUCAUUAGCGAUGAGGGAGGAAAGGAGGGGCAUGUAGUGGCUUUCAAUCAAUUGAAGUAUGUGGAGCUUGAUGGGUUGACUACAUUGAGGUGUUUCAGCUCAGGUGGAUACAUUUUGAUGUUCCCUCUCUUGAAAGAUGUCAUUGUGAAUAGAUGUCCCAAGAUGGAGUUCUUCUUCAAGGGACCAAUGGAGGCGCCAAAUCUGGAGAGAGUACGAGUAGGUUUGAAUGAAAGGUAUAAAGCAACAAAGUACCCAUAUUUUUGGAAGGGAAACCUCAACAUGAUGAUCCAAAAUAUGUUUGAAGAAAUGGCUGCAUUUGCUGGGACUAAGUUUAUGUGGUUGUUUGAGUUCCUAAAGCUGAUUGGAAAAUGGCACAAUGAACUUAAUCCCAUCAUGUCAACUUGGCUAUUAGAAUCACUAGUGGUGGAUAAAUGUACAUCAUUUAUUAAUGUUAUUCCGUCCAGCUUGAUGCUUGUUUUAGAGAGAAUGACAAGCUUGCAAGUGCAUGAUUGCGAGGCUCUAGAAGCAAUAUUCGAUCUUGAAGGGCUUGAAGCUAUGGAUUGCACUCAGGCGCCACCUCAGUUACAAUAUCUGUACUUGGUCAAUCUACCAAAGUUGAGGCAACUAUGGAACAAAGAUCUCUACACUAUCUUAGCCUUUAUAAAUGCAACAACUUGA